AUUUGACUUCGGUUUGGAAACCUUUUUAUCAUGACGUCAUCACCCGAGUCAUCUUCACGCUUAAAUGUCACAUGCAGUCAAAGAGCAGAUGGACGAGCUGGUGAAGAGUCUGCCCUCGCCGAGCCUCCCGGGGGUCCGUCUGCCGGGGUCGGACACCCACAGGGGCUGGCUCUUUAAAUGGACCAAUUACCUGAAGGGCUACCAGCGGCGCUGGUUUGUGCUCAGCAACGGCCUGCUGUCCUACUACAGGACUCAGGCAGAGAUGGCGCACACUUGCCGGGGCACCAUUCCCUUGGCGACGGCUCAUAUCGAGGUGGGCGACUCUUGCCACUUGGUGCUGACCAGCGGCGGCCGAAGUUACCACCUGAAGGCCACGUCCGAUGGGGAAUGUCAGCGUUGGGUUUCAGCCUUGCAGCAGGCGAGGGCCAACGCUGCGCCGCUGAUGCAUCACUCCGAUGACUCUGGAGAUGAAGGCCCUGGGCAGCAGGAGGAUCAGGUUUUAACCCCUGGUGUGCUGAAGACUCUGGCCAGCAGGUUGGAUGACCUGAGCACCUGUAAUGAGCUGAUAGGGAAACACGGCGCUGCCCUCCAGCGCUCCCUCAGCGAGCUCGAGGAAUUCCGAGGAUCCGCCGACGGCACGGACCGAGUGAAAGCGGUUAAUGAGCGAGCCACUCUCUUCCGGAUCACCUCCAAUGCUAUGAUCAAGGCCUGUCGUGACUUCCUGGAUGUAGCAGAAUCUCACAGCCGAAAGUGGCAGAAGACUUUGCAGUAUGAGCGAGAGCAGCGCCAGAAGAGAGAGGAACGAUCACACAGUCUAGCACAGAAUGUCAGACCUCCUCAAUAUGUAACAACAGAUGGGGAGAACGUCUCCCCACAGCUGGAACUCUGCUCUUCAGUCGGAUCAAUUCAGAAAUAUAAAAGAUGGAUAAUAACCACCUCUGCUGAUCGAUGAACACCAGCAUGCAAACUAAAACAGAAUGGUAUGGACUACCAGUGAAACAGCACAUUUACCGAAUCUGUGCUUGUCAUGGAUGCACACACUUUUACAAGAAUCACAUCAGGAAAACUGACUUCUCUCUGUUCUCUGGAAUCUGUAUAUAAACACGGUAGGCUGGAAGCUAAUACGUCAUAUUGUAAAAACAAAUAGAGACAUUCAUGUUCUCAUCACUGUGUUUUAGCAGAUAUGUGCAUAGUUUGCUGGAAGUGUAGUGUCAUACUUAAGAAGAGUGCAGAACGUAUAGUUGAGCUGAAGUAUUCCAUCUAGCAUCAUCCCAAUGAAACCAUGACAAUAUACGAGGCAGGAAAUACAUGCAACUUUCGUCAGAAGACUGAUUUGCACUGACUGUUUGGUUCCAAGCCUGGUCAUGUUCCAGUUUGAAAAAAAAAAUAGGUUGGCAUCGACCAGGACAAUUUCAUUUAGAUUUAUCACAACACAACACUGGAUUACACACGUGGACUUCAUACAACAACACAUGAGUUUUGAUCAAAAGAUUAGCUGAAUAUGAGACAGAGCACGCUGUGUUAUGGGACUUGGCUAAUACAUGACACUCUGCUUUCACAAACCGGAUUCAAUUACAGCCGUCUUGUCAUGGUACAGUCAUUCAAUAUGAAUGACUUAGAUUGCCCUGUGUUCACAUGUUAACCUCUAAAAACAUUACUGUAUUGGCAACUCUUCCUCACAGUCGUGCUUGAAAGACCACAUAAAAAAGAAACAAUUGGGCACUCAUUAUCCACAGUAUUAAUAAGGCUUUUAAUGCUCUUGUGCCGUUUCCACUUUGUAUUUCACUGUAGUUGAAAUUGCUUUAGGCACAUUUGAAACCUGUAUAAAGCUAAGUAUUGUAGAUAUAGAUCCAUGACCUCCUUUUUAUCUCUGAGGAGAAACGCGAAUUACUUGAAUAUUAUUCAACCUGUAAUUGUGAAAAUAAGUGUGAUUGUCAUCAUUAAUUGAGGGUGAUAAAUGUAAAAUAAUAUAAAUGUAUUAUAUUAACAAUGAUUCCAAACGAAGCACAAAGUUACACUGCAGGUUAUACUCCAUGUGAUGACUAAAAAGGUGUCUCUGGCAACAUAUAGCUAUGCAUGAUGUAGUAGGAAUCCUCUUCACGUAGCUACUAGUGUGCGGACUCUGAAACAUGAUGUGUCAACUCACCAUUUGUGCCCAAAGACCUUAAAGAUUUUACAUCUUCUGUUUUUUAAUAAAACCC